AUGUUCCAGAACGCAGAUAAUCUAGCAAAAUCGACGCAAGCUUUCCAAUCAGCCUUAACAUAUCAUGAUCUCAAUGCUUAUUUCCGCUUUCUGAGAGGAACCAUAGUCACAAGCGAUGGAAAUGCUGGUCGGAUGAGAGAAGAAUUACCAGAGGCCUUUUCGGUUGUUCUCCAACUUGAAGAUCUUCAAAACCGCCUUCGUAAAGUGUCAGGAUUGGCUUCGUUUUCGGCAUCAAUCUCAAUACGAGCACGAACACCACUCCUCACAGCGCUUGAAACGUUAGAAGCUUUCAGUGGAGUUGUGAACAGCAGAUUGUUGGCUACAAAAUAUCAGGAUGACAGUCUUCGAAAACAUUACUCUUACCUAACAAGAGAUUAUGCAAUCGCUCAGCAGAAUAUCGAGGGCUUGCGGUUCCCAGGUUUUGAGAACCAUGAACGGCUUGAUAUUGCUUCAAUAGAAAGGCGCAGCAAUAUUGAUCUCCGACGAUUAGAAGAAGCCCUCCAGCAAGUAAUCAAAGCGAUAAGGCAGCAGCCUAGCUUUGAGUGCUUCUUGCAACCACUUUCUAGGGAUGAGAUAUGUGCUCUGUCCAGGGAAGGCCCUGCCGUAUGUCUAAACAUCAGCCACGUGGGUAGCGAAGCUUUUCUAAUCAGUAAGAAUACAAUCGCUGCAAUCCCACUACCAGGGUUACAAAGACCGGAUGUUGAGAAAAAUGUAAAGAUUUUGGCCUUCAAUAGUAACAGGCGCCGCAGAGACGCUUCUCUAUGCCUGGAUAAAGAGGAUGGCGCUGACGGCGACAAGAUCAAGAAUCAUAAUCCUAAGUUGCAUUCAGCGCUGCUGAACCUCUGGAAUCACGCAGUCCAGCCAGCCUUGCAAGCACCAAGACUCCUAAGGCACGACCCCAAGCCCAAACCAUUACCUCGCGUAAGGUGGGUUGUCAGUGGCAUUGCAUCAUUGCUGCCGCUCCACGCUGCAGGAUCACACACUCCCGGGUCAACUGACUGA